UUGCUCUCAACUCAUUCCAAAAUUACGACACGAGAAACCUUCCGCCAAUCUUCACCAAAACCCCAGACAUCACAAACUCAGAAACGAAAGGGCAAACACAAUAGAAACGAGGAAAUGUUGAGUUCCAUUUUGAAACGAGCCACGCUGUCGAAGCUCCGACCCGACCUAGUAUUCCCUCAGCGGACCCAUCCCCAAUCAAAACUCUAUUCUUCCAAGAACGCAAAGGCCUCGCUUGCGAAAGCCAAGAAAGCUGAUGCCAAGUCCAAGUCUAAGUCCAAGAGCAGCGAUUCCUCAUCCGCUUUCGCAUCCACCGCAGGUGAAGAGUUCGAAUCUGCCGGCGCCGAUGACUUCGAGGCUGCUCGAGGCCGCCGCCUGGUCGAGGACGAGAAGGACCCUUCUCUAGAUGUGGGUCACGAUGGACGUCCCUUGUUCACUUCGACUUCCUCACUCUCCCAGCUGACGCGCAAAGACGCUUGCUCGUAUAUGAAAUUCAGUGAGAAGGGAUUGAAGGAGGUAUUGCCGGAGGGGUUGCCGAUGGGAAUGGUGGCGGAGUUCAAGGAGUCGAUGAGGCCAGCAUUGCUUGUUCGACAGAGUUUCUUGGAUCUUCGUGAUAAUUUUAGACGCAUUGUUGAUCCUCCAAUGUGGUCUUCUCAUGCUAAAGCUCCUAAAGCGAGAAAGCAAGUUGUGUUGGACGGUCCAGUUAGCUGUGGGAAGAGUAUUGCGCUUGCAAUGCUUGUGCAUUGGGCUCGUGAUGAGGGUUGGCUAGUUCUGUACGCCCCUAGAGGUCGUGAGUGGACUCAUGGAGGAUUUUUCUAUAAAAAUCCAGAAACAGGUCUUUGGGACACACCUUUACAGGCUGAAAAUGUUCUUAAGGAUUUUCUGAAAUAUAAUGAAUCGCGCUUACAACAAUUGCCUUGCCAAAUUUUUGACCCUAUUCCUUUGGGAGAAGGUGCUGGUGUUGGAUGGAUGAAAGGAAUUGAAUCCAUGGCCUUCACUGAAGGUACAACUCUGUAUGACCUGAUUCAAAUGGGAAUCAAGUACUCACAUGCAGCUGUUGGAGUUGUAGUUCGGUUGAGAAAAGAAUUAUCACUCGUGAAAGAUGUCCCUGUGCUUAUUGCAAUUGACCAGUAUAAUAAUUGGUUUACGUUCAGUGAGUAUGAGGAGCCAGUGACUGUUCGUUCUCGUCGACCGAUACAUGCUAGAGAACUUGCAAUGGUCAAUGCCUUUAGGUCCAUGAUGCAUGAUGACAUGAUGGUUGGUGCUUUCUCUCAUUCAACUGCUGUAGGAAAACUUCGACAAUACCUGCCAGAUGUCCCUGCAGAUGCCCGUGUUAAUUUGCCUCGAUAUAGUUUAGAUGAGGCUGCAACCGUUUGCCAUUACUACCUCAGGCAAAGGCUUGUAAGAAGAGAAGCAUUCUCAGAGGAAAGCUGGAAAAAGGUGUAUUACUUAUCCAAUGGAAAUGGGGCAGAAAUGAGAUGGUUAGUUCCUUUGAUGCGGUAAAACUCAAAGACAUAGGAAAUAAAAUCUCGUCGAUAAGAUUUCAAGACAUCCAUUGAUAGGGUUUCUGGUUCGCGCAUGGUGACACCUUUUGUUUAUCAAUCUUUUUUUCAUCAAAUUUUAUGCUUCUGCUCGGUGUAUCAAAUUUUAUUGGCAACGCCAAGUUGUAUAACUUAUAAGAACUGGCUGUUGAUAUCUACUAGGUUAUUCAUUCAAAUACAAUGAUUUAAAGGGAGGGUCUUACCCCGAGCAACAAACUAUAAAUGAUGCCAAUUGCCAAGCUCAAACUGGUUAAGACUUACAGGCAAAGCGUAUAAGACAGAAUCUUUGUUUA